UGAACGCUGCAUUUCACCUCUUUUAAUUUCUUCUCCCUUUCCCUACUCUUUCUCUCUCCCUCUCAAUAGUCAGUACACAACCUCUCUCACCUCACAUUCACAUUCAUCUUCAUCUUCUUCUUCUUCUUCUUCUUCUUCUUCAGUUAAACGCCACCCGGCCACCAUGAGCUCCAUUAGUCAAAGCUUUCAGAAGAACCAGUCACUCCCGCUUUCACAAACCGAGUCCACCACCGACCAGAAGCCAUACCUCCGUCGCCGGCUAUCUUCUCUCUCCCUAAAGAUUCAACCCCUCUCUUUGCGAACAACUUCAUGGGCGUUUCAAAGAUCGAAAUCAGUUUCCUCCAUGGGAGAAUACGCGGGGAGUUCGAUAAGGAAGUGGUGGGACUGGGGAUGGACUUGGAUCUUGUCGAGAAAGCCGAUUUUCGCUAAAGAUCUGGAGAUGAAUGAAGAAGAAACUGUAAUUCUCGGUUGCCAUAAUAGGGGAAGUUGGAGGCAUGUUUUUUACAAGGUUAAGUUUGAGCUCAGAAAGCUUGUGGGAUCUGAUAAAGUUGCUCUUCCUCAAACGUGCAAGUACACUUCUUUUGAUUAUUCCAAGAAUUUCGAUGAUGGAAAGCGGUUGUUUUAAGGUUAAUGUACGUAAUUUUCGGUGCCUCUUGUGUGAGAAAUAUUAUUAAUUGGAGGUGGUUCACACAGAACAAAGCUUAAUCUGGCUAGGCUUUUUUCUGGAAUAAGAUUAUUCAAGAUUCUAAAGAUUCAGAUCUGUCAAUGGAAGAUAGAAAAGAAAAGAAUUUUUUUGUAUGGGUUCAAUUUAAUUACUCUCUUUAUGUUGUUUUGGCUCAUUUUGUUAAUGUUGAUUCAUGAAAAGUAUGUGGAGGAGGAUUGAGGAAGAAGAAGAAGAAGAUAGAAUCUGGGCUUCUUUAUAAACAAGGAAAAAUUGAAGGGACUUCUAGAAAUCACCAUUAAUGAACUGGUGCAUGUAUUUUACUCUAUAUAUGUUGAUUAGACAGUCAUUUUUUUUUUUUGUA